GGGAGGCGGUGGGACAACUCCCCCGUGGGUGCCCACAUGGUGCGGCCCGCAGGCGGCGCUUGAAGCGUGGAGGACGAGACCAAGUGAAGAGCGCGGGGGGAGGAGGAGUACAGCUGUGAGGGGAAACGAGGCGGCAAAAAGAGGGGAGAAGUGGGGGGAGAAAGAGGCGGAGAGGAGCGAGAAAAGGCCAAGAUGGCGGCGGCGGGGCCCGAGUCUGGGGGGAGCAGCAGCAGCAGCGGUGGUGGUGGUGGACUGACAGGGGCACCAGGAACAAACACAUUGAAGAAGUCACUCGAGAUGGCGGGAUCUUCUGGACACUCUUCACAGACAAUAAAGAAAGGGCACAGGGGCGUGGACUCCACAGGCGAAACCACCUAUAAAAAGACAACGUCGUCUGCACUCAAAGGCGCCAUCCAGCUUGGAAUCACCCACACGGUGGGAAGCCUGAGCACCAAGCCGGAGCGCGAUGUUCUUAUGCAGGACUUCUACGUAGUCGAGAGUAUAUUCUUCCCCAGUGAAGGCAGCAAUCUGACGCCGGCCCAUCACUACAACGACUUCCGCUUCAAGACCUAUGCCCCUGUCGCCUUCCGCUAUUUCCGUGAGCUCUUCGGUAUACGGCCGGAUGACUACUUGUGCUCCCUUUGUAGCGAACCCCUCAUUGAGCUCUCCAACUCCGGGGCCAGUGGCUCUAUCUUCUACGUCUCCAGUGAUGACGAGUUCAUUAUCAAAACUGUUCAGCACAAAGAAGCCGAGUUCUUGCAGAAGCUGCUGCCAGGCUACUAUAUGAACUUGAAUCAGAACCCUCGGACGCUGCUGCCCAAGUUCUACGGGCUCUACUGCGUGCAGGCCGGAGGCAAGAACAUCCGGAUUGUGGUGAUGAACAACCUCUUGCCCCGCUCCGUCCGGAUGCACCAGAAGUACGACUUGAAAGGCUCCACAUACAAACGCCGGGCAUCCCAGAAGGAGCGUGAGAAGGUCUUCCCCACCUACAAGGAUCUGGAUUUCAUGCAGGAUGUCCAGGACGGCCUCUUCCUGGACGCAGACAUGUACAACGCCUUGUGCAAGACGUUGCAGAGGGACUGCUUGGUUUUGCAGAGUUUCAAAAUCAUGGAUUACAGUUUGCUCGUGGCAGUUCACAACCUCGAUCAAGCUCAAAGGGAGCGGGCGGUUGUGGAUGGGUCCUCCCAGGCGGACAUGCGGCGGCCUGCUGCACAAAAAGCCCUCUAUUCCACAGCCAUGGAGUCCAUCCAAGGGGAGGCCCGAAGAGGUGGCACCGUUGAGACCGACGACCAAAUGGGAGGGAUCCCGUCUCGAAACUCCAAAGGGGAGAGGCUGCUCUUGUACAUUGGAAUCAUAGACGUGUUGCAAUCUUACAGGUUCAUGAAAAAGCUGGAACAUUCCUGGAAGGCACUUGUUCACGAUGGGGAUACGGUGUCAGUUCACAGGCCCAGUUUCUACGCAGAAAGGUUCCAGCGGUUCAUGUGUAACAUGGUGUUCAAGAAAAUCCCCUUAAAACCGUCCCCUUCGAAAAAGAGCCGGUCUGGCGUAGCAGCUCCUCGGCGGUCGGGCCCUUCCCAGACACAAGCAGUAUGCGAAACAAAAGUGCAGGUCACGAUGGAGGCAGAGGUGGAGCAAGGUUCCCAGCUGGGCCGCCCCGAUCUCCUCCCCCAGACACCUCCGGUAGAUGAAGCAAACAGCGACUCCGCGGCCACCACGCUGUCCACCUCCUCUCUGGGGAGCAGAGGCUACAAUUCUCCAGCCAACAGGUCAGUGGGCGCUGAAGUGCACCAAUCGGGUGCCUCCAAGGAUGCGGCUCCUCCAGUCGUUCUGGAGAGAUCCACUAGUGCUUCCCCUGGACCCUCCAUGCCUGACCAGCCAUCAGGGCUGACGGAGCAGUUUGAAGAUUUGCCUGAGACGGAGAUCAGCUUUUGAAAUACGGUUUUUCCGAUGUAAGCAGAAGAUUCCUCCACGGUCUGUGAAGUCUGAGAAACCUUCAGCCCUCCCAGGCAGCUGAUACCUGGAACUUUUUUUGACCUCAACAGCCAAAUCUUACAGAAGGUCAAAGGCUGGGAUGCACCCAGCAGUGUAGUGUUAGUGACAACGUACCGUUCUGGGAGCACAUUGGCUCUCCCAAAGCCACAUGUUCCCUCCAGUGUUGGCAUAGAGGCACCCCCCCUCCAGUCCUACAAGGGGCUUUAUGGGCUACCUCUUGAGAAGGGCCGGGCGCCCUUGCGUAUGGCCCAGACCCCUGUGAGGGCAGAGUAGCUUUCACAGCCAAGAAUUCCUGUCUGUGCUCCAGUUCCUCCAAAGGGGAAGAGGGGCGCACGUUAGUGAGCCCAGGUCGGAACACUUUGCAAAAGAUCGAUUUUUUUCAUCUUUUUUUUUAAAGUAUCUAAAAUGUAUUUAAACUUUUCCCCCCGAAUUGCCAUAUCAGGUUUUUUUCUUGUUUUUUUAAGUAUGCAGCUUUUAGGCCAAGAAAUUCCCUCCUGCUCAAGUUAACACACCAAAACAUCUCAUGUCCAAGAGAGACAUUAUUUUUCUUCUCUCUUUUUCUGGUUUCACGUCUAAGGCCUCACUAGGACAAGGAGCCAAUCCCCUCUGGCAGCCUCCUCUGCCCCUUUUCUAGGUGCUCUUUCUCUACUUUGGGGGCAGAAUGGAGAGGGAGAGGAAUUUUAUGGGGGGGGGUUGGCUUUUAAACUAUACCAUUAUGUGUCUCCGCUCAGCAGUGACAACAGUAGGAUGCGGGUUUUUAAGCCUUUCGUAUUUUGCUAACGGACCAAACUUCUUCUUCUUUCCCUUGGGAGGAGCAGUUCCUUCCUUCCUCAGUAUUAAGCUUUUUCAGGGUCUCUAGCCUCCUUUUUUUAAAAAGAAGAAAAAUCUGAAGCAGUGCUUGGUUCUUGACCCUGGGGCGUUUCUGCCUCUGGCUUUAUAAAAACAGCCAAUUUUCUCCUCAAUGUUAAGUACUGACAUUAUUUUUUCCUCAAUUUCCACGUUUUUUUAAAAUAUUCAAUGCCAGAGGAAGGGUAAAAAGGCUGUAAAACUGUCCAGAGAUGCACGGCUGUAUUUUCCUACUUGAGGCUGCAAAUUUCCACCCCCAUGCCAUCCUCAGCCAGUUGGGAUGUGCGUUGUGCCCAUUUUUAUUUUUUAAUUUAGCUUGCAUUUUCUUAAGAUAAAAAUUAAUAGAUCAAGUGAAUUCUUUAUAGCCCCUGCCCCCAAAAGGAAAUCUAUAUUUCUCUCUAUGCGUACCUUUUUUAAUAAAUGGGAGGGGAGUAUUUUUUUCUCCAGGCAAGAGUUUUGUAUUUUUCUGUCAAACCAUUGCAAUAAGACACGCAGAGAUUAUAGCAAGACAGGUUCCUUAUUAAAUUUUGUUGUACAAAUGAAGAUCUCCCAUUAUGAGCUAACCUUGAAAGUCCAAAAUGCCUUUUAAAAAUCCAGCGCAGUGGUUGUUGCUGCCUGCCUUUCACAACAGUUCAGGAAUUGGGGACAGCUUUGCAGGCUUCUGUGGAGCCUCUCUUCCCUCUCAUGGGGUAGUCUGCACUGAGAAUAAUGCUAGCCAGGGUUCAAAGAUAGCCAGGAAGCAAUCUGUAACUAUGCAGAGCGUGCAUGUAGGGAUUCUGCAAACCAUUCCUCCACAGUGGUGCUUUCUUCCCCCCGCGAAAGGAUUCGCCCCUGAUGCAAAAGGCUCUGUCUUGUGUCUGGGGAAGUUUCCUUACCCACGGUGAAAGCUCCACUGUUAGUGGAAUAAAUGCACAGGAUCCAGCCCUAUAUAUCACUUAAUGCUUGAGCCCAUUAUUGACACUGAAGCUCUUCCCCUCUCUUCCACACGGCAGAAAGACUGGGAAGGAAGCCCCCUCUUACCCCGGGAGUGAAAUUUUAUUCUCCUAUAAUUCUGACUUUAGCUGGCCAUCUGUGAAGAAGGCCAGCGUGAAAGUGAGUCCCGUACAAUGACAGGUUCUUACGUUUCGAGUAUUCUAGUAAGUUUUUAAAACACAGAUUUCCCCCUCUUUCCCUUCCAUCCUGUUCGCAGAGCUAUAUUUAACUGUCUAUAUUAGACACUCUUUGAUUUUUCUGAAAAUAUUUCUACAGUGCUUAAUUUUAUGCUGCAAGGAGGAGGAAAGAACAAGAUGUCGGGGUGUUUUUUUUUCUCCAUAAUGUUACUAUUUAUGAAGUUGUAUUUAAGUAACAUCUCCUCCCUGGGAAAUUUAGCUGUUUUCUUGGAGGGUGGGGGAGGGAGAUGACUUUUCCUCUAGUACUUCAUCAUAGACUUUGCUUAGAAUGGUUUUAAGAGAACAGGUGGGUGCUUUGAUCUACAUUUUUUAAAAAAGCCAAACCUUGAAUCAGUUUGGAUGUUGAACGUCUCCUUGCAAAGAGGCAACGGUGGAUUCGGAGCCGGGCCUGGCUCUUCUCUGUGUGGCCCUGCUGCUGCUGCUCCAUGCAAGGAGGUGCUGGUUCUGCCGCCCCCCGGGCACCUCGCCCUACACUUCCCCGUGGCAGGUUCCAUCGCUUGCUUAGUGUUGUGGAGAAGAGAGCUUGCGCUCUGUGCUAUCCAUCCCAACGUGCCGUCUUGUGGAUUUUGUCACUUGAGCCCUUGUGACUCUUUACUUUGGUUUGGGCAUUUUACCACCUGCUGGAAAAAAACAAUAAAGAUCUGUUUCAUCAGCCGUGUCCCUUGUAAGGGACGGGACGUAACCUGCAGUAUGCUAUUCAGCUCAAUAAAGUUGUCUUCAUUUCUUUUU